CGACAUCGCCUUAGUUCUCUAUUACACCAAUCCACAUAGAGUUGAUCUAAGUUGUAAACGGAGAACUUGGACUAGAAUAAAUACGAAUAUAUAGCUAGCUGCCUUUGAAAUCCAGCCGGUCCCCCCAGUUGACCACAGGAAGAGACCUGCCCAACUCUUUCCACCAAAUCGAGGCCAAUCUCUCCUUUGAGUCUGUUCCGUGUUGUUCAGCCCCGUCGAAGCUCCAAAAUGCCAUUCUCCCGUCAGAUUCUGUCUGCCCUUGCGGCCGCGGCCAUCACGGCAGUGGAGGGUGCCAUGGGCCCUGCUUUCAGCACCGGGCCGGUCGCGACCAACUCGUUCAUCCGCGAGGCAAGCUCAACCCUCAUCCUUCCCAAGGCUCCCAGCGGCUCCUCCGGAGACGCUUCGCUCUGGGUUGGGAUGGGCACUUCGAAUGGCGACUUGAUCCAGUCGAUCGCCGAUAACUGGUCGUCCGAAAACUGGUCUAUCUUUGCUUAUACUCUCGUCAGCACGGGGCCCAACUCGCAGAUGCCAGUUCAGUCAGAUAGCACCACCGCCUACCCGGGUGAUCAGAUCACGAUGCAUUACAAGUUUGACGAUUCGACUGGGAACUACACCCAGUAUGUUUCCAUCAAUGGCAAGCUGGUACACACGCUGUCUACCAGUUCUGGACGUGCCCAGGGCUUUGGCAGUGCCGUCGAGUGUGGCGAGACCAACUGCGGCACUAUGCCCGCUCAUAAAUGGAUCAACACGACCAUCAUCAUGGACAAAGCCGACCCCAACUACAUAAACACCUUGGGCAAAGGCCCCAGUGUCACUGGCGAGAUGGUCACCAACGACGGCGGCAAGACUUGGACCGUCGAUACCAUCGAUAUUCCCGGAUAUGAUUUCUCCACGGGUAAAAUCGUGACGGGCACGACCGGAGCCAAGACGAAGGCUGCGACCAUGGCCUCGACCGCCCAGGCGUCGGCGGCAACGUCGUCGCCCUCCUCCUCCGGUGGCGCCACUGCCUCACACUGGGCCCAGUGCGGCGGUAUCGGCUAUUCCGGACCUACGACAUGCGAGAGCCCGUACAAGUGCACAUACGCCAACGACUACUAUUCCCAAUGUCUAUAAGGGAGAAGGUUCAUACGCACAACAAGACUAGCCGCCGUGGCUGCAAUCAUUUCUCCUUGGCUCGACAUGUAUUACCACGCAUCUACCACGGUCCCUAUCUCAUACACACCUGUAAAACCUACAAUGCUCCUUUGUUAACCAGUGCGGGAUAUCGUAUUUCUCAUGUAAAUACUAUUUACCAAGGUACAUACAUACGUACGUAAAUCUAGCAGCGCCUCGUCGGCCGUGUAACUAGCAUAUUUCAUUAUCAUUUUCAUAAAUCUAAGUUGAAAGCUCUUGAAUCUCUUGCUUGUUCUUGGGGACCUCCGACCUAGCCUAAGGGUAAAAGGGCUCGUGUAAGAGGACAAUGACUCAAUGAGACCAAUAUGAAGGGAGCACUUGGUCUGCUUCAGCCGUUGUAAAGUAGGAGGUGCAUUUGGGAAGAU